AUGGCUCCCAGCAGACAGGAAACGAGAAACUACAUCAAGACCAUCUCAACGCCCCCUCCUCCGGGCACCCCCUAUGCUCUGCCCAUCCCCGGCACUGAGCGCCCUAACCGUACGCCAAUCUAUCGCCACUGGCGCUUCCAGAACGGUCCGCUCCUGGAGACGUACGACCCCUCAAUCAGGACGGUCCACGAUCUGUUCGAGUACUCGGUCGGCCAGAACCCCAACAACCGCUGCCUGGGCUGGCGGCCGUGGAACCCGACCACGAAGACAUGGGAGCCCAGGUAUGUUUGGAUCACGUACGCCGAGGUCGCUGAGCGCAGGAAGAACCUGGGUGCCGGUAUUGUUGAGCUGCACCAUCGCGUCGGCCACAAGGCGGACAAGUAUGGCGUCGGUCUGUGGGCUCAAAACCGCCCUGAGUGGCAGAUCACCGAGCUGGCCCUGCUCUCGCAGUCGCUGUGGCCCGUCUCUCUCUACGAGACCCUUGGGCCCGAGACCACUGAGUUCAUCAUCAACCACAGCGAGCUGGCCUGCGUCGCCUGCUCUCUGCCUCAUAUCCCGACCCUGCUGAAGCUGGCUCCUCGCGUGCCCACUCUGAAGCUCAUCAUCUCUCUUGAUCCGCUCGAUGCCGGCGAGCCCAACGGUCACUCCAAGCGCGAGCUUCUGAACGGCAUGGCUGCAGCUCACGGCAUUCAAAUCUACGACAUUGCUGAGGUCGAGGCCAUUGGUGCUCGCUCUGGCCGUGCCAUGCGCCCUCCUCAGCCCGAGGACGUGCUGACCAUCAACUACACGUCUGGCACCACCGGCAACCCCAAGGGUGUCCUCAUUACCCACCGCAAUGGCGUUGCCGGCAUCACUGCCGCUCGUGCCAACGACACUGUCCAGCCGGGUGAUGUCCACAUCUCCUAUCUCCCUCUGGCUCACAUUUAUGGCCGUAUGGCGGACCAGUCUGCGCUGGCUGAGGGUGCUGCGAUUGGCUACUUCCACGGCGAUAUCGCCGGGCUUGUCGAGGAUCUGAAGCUCCUUCGCCCCUCGGCCUUCAUGUCAGUGCCUCGCCUGUACAACCGUAUCAACUCGGCCAUCCAGACCGCCACCGUGAAUGCUGAAGGUUUCAAGGGUGCGCUCUCACGUCGCGUCAUUGACACCAAGAAGGCCAGCAUGAAACUGCCUGCCGGACAGGCAACCAACAAGCACUUCUUGUAUGACCGCAUCUGGACGCCCAAGGUGCUGAAGGCUGUCGGGCUGGACCGCACCCGUACCAUGGUCAGCGGUAGCGCGCAGCUUGAUCCCGACGUUCACGAGUUCCUCCGCGCUGCCUUUGGCAAUAACUUUGUCCAGGGAUUCGGUAUGACUGAGUCGUAUGCUGUCGGUACCGUCCAGCUGCCCGGCGAUUUCACCACCGGCAACAUCGGUCCCCCGUGCCCCUCGGUUGAGCUGUGCAUCGAGUCGGUGCCCGAAUUUGACUACACGGUCGACGACAAGCCGAACCCUCGUGGCGAGCUGCUGAUGCGUGGCCCGGUCAUCUUCAAGGAGUACUUCCGCAACCCGGAGGAGACAGCCAAGGCUAUCGAGCCUGAUGGCUGGUUCCACACGGGUGACAUCGUCGAGGUUGACAAGAUGGGUCGCUUCAAGAUUAUUGACCGCAAGAAGAAUGUACUCAAGCUCUCUCAGGGCGAGUACAUCUCUCCCGAGCGCAUCGAAAACGUGUACAUGGGCAGCACCAACCUCAUUGCCAUGGCCUUUGUCCACGGUGACCCGAAGGAGUCGUCCCUUGUUGCCGUCUUCGGCAUUGACCCUGUCAACUUCGCCCCUUAUGCCAGCAAGAUCCUCAAGAAGGACAUCCCGGCCGAUAAUAAGGAAGAGCUCAAGACGGCCGCCAACGACCCGCGCGUCAAGCGCGAAUUCCUCAAGCUGCUGGAUAAGAUUGGCACCAGCCACAAGUUCAACAGCUUCGAGAAGGUCAAGAACUGCUACCUUGACAUUGAGCCGUUUAGCAUCGAGAACGAGCUUCUGACGCCAACGCUCAAGCUCAAGAGGCCCCAGACUGCCCGGGCCUUCAGGGAACAGAUCGACAAGAUGUAUGAGGAAAUCCACGCCCAGGCCGCUGAGAAGGCCAAGCUCUAA